CUCGAAGCAGCAACACAAACGCCAUCUUUAACUGACAAGCAAACUGCCGAAGCGGAGUUGUUGAGCGAAAGUAGGUCAGGCGCACGGAAAACGAAAACACGUUUGAAAGACUUGCUUUAUCAGCUUUUAGUCGGUGUUCGCUAACUCUUGACACACCGUGCUGUCCUAUGGUCCAAUGUGUUUGAUCGGUCGGCUAGCUCGAACGCAGUUUUCUUGUGUCGGUCCCGGUUGACGUUGAGUGAUCGCCUUUUCAGAUAAACAGCCGACGGAGGUGAAAGCCAGGAUGAAACGAGGUCUUCAAGGGAUUGAGCAGGAAGACGGAGGCGGCACCAGCGGUGAGUCUCAGGAGACUCCUAAACGGUCCUGUAAGCAGAGGAGGGAGAAAGAUUUGAAGGAGGAGGGAGCCCGCUGGGAGUGUCUGCCACAGGAGAUUCUGCUCCUCAUCUUCCAGUACCUGCCUCUCCUGGAUAGGGCCUACGCCUCUCAGGUGUGCCGGGGCUGGAAUCAGGCUUUUCACAUGCCGGAGCUGUGGCGCUGCUUUGAAUUUGAGUUGAACCAGCCAGCCAGCUCCUAUCUGAAGGCUACACACCCAGACCUCAUCAAACAGAUAAUUAAAAGGCACUCCAACCAUCUGCAGUAUGUCAGCUUCAAGGUGGACAGCAGCAGAGAGUCUGCAGAGGCAGCGUGCGACAUCCUCUCUCAGCUCGUGAACUGUUCAUUGAAAACACUGGGGCUCAUCUCCACAGCCAGGCCCAGCUUUAUGGAGCUGCCCAAGUCACACUUCAUUUCAGCUCUGACAGUGGUUUUUGUCAACUCCAAAUCCUUAUCCUCCCUGAAGAUUGAUGACACACCUGUGGAUGACCCCUCCCUCAAAGUUCUGGUGGCCAAUAACAGCGACACCCUCAAACUGCUUAAAAUGAGUAGCUGCCCUCAUGUUUCACCUGCAGGCAUCCUGUGUGUGGCUGAUCAGUGCCACGGCCUGAGAGAACUGGCUCUCAACUAUCAUUUGCUGAGUGAUGAACUUCUCCUCGCCCUCUCCUCAGAGAAGCACGUUCAUCUUGAGCACCUUCGCAUCGAUGUGAUCAGCGAAAAUCCCGGCCAGCAGUUUCACACCAUCAAGAAGAGCAGCUGGGAUGCCAUGGUGCGCCACUCUCCAAAAUUCAAUCUGGUCAUGUACUUCUUCCUCUAUGAGGAUGAGUUUGGCCCUUUCUUCCGCGAUGAAAUCCCUGUUACGCAUCUGUACUUCGGCCGCUCUGUCAGUAAAGAUGUGCUGGGUCGCGUCGGGCUCACUUGCCCGCGUCUGGUCGAGCUGGUGGUGUGCGCCAAUGGGCUGCGGCCGCUGGAUGAAGAGCUGAUCCGCAUUGCCCAACGCUGCACGCAGCUGUCCGCUAUCGGUUUGGGAGAGUGCGAGGUGUCCUGCAGCGCUUUCGUGGAAUUUGUCAAGAUGUGUGGAGACAGGCUGACGCAGCUAUCCAUCAUGGAGGAGGUUCUCGUCCCGGAUCACCGCUACGGGCUUGAUGAUAUCCACUGGGAGGUGUCAAAGCACUUGGGUCGCGUCUGGUUCCCAGAUAUGAUGCCUACCUGGUAGAGCCCUGUGAGAAGAUUCAAGUUGUGUCCAGGUUAUUGUGAGUGUGUGAGUAUGUGUGUCACUUUGAGAAAUAUGUUUUUUGAAACACCCCUCAUCUCUCAUUGAGGAAAGGUGCCCUUUCCCAGGCAAUGCUAUUAUGCAUUUGUGUUUUUCUCCCCGAGGGCGUGAAGAAAUUACAUAACUUUGAGUUUUGAUGUGAUGGAAACAUGUAAAAUUGAUUCCAACUCUGCCAUGCCGUUCACGCAUGUAUACAAUUUUUAUAUUUAUAUGUAUAUUUAUAUCUAAAUGUAUUUGUUUGCUGUCACUUAUGACAUUUAGCACCUUGUUUAAUGAUACCCUGCAGACUGGCUAGGUGUGGUGUUUUGGGAGUUUUCAGGGGUGAAUUAUUGGGAAUGUCUGGCAUUUAUUGGGGAUAAAUGGUAAUAAAUGUGAGGGUUAUUUUCUUUACACAGCUUGUCUUUAUCAUAUUAUAUGCAGACAGAUAACAUACACAUUUCAGCGUGUGAUGAGUGGGGAUAAGUACAAAUGCCUCUAAAUCAGAAAUUACAAUUACAGUCAGAUACAGAGUUUCAUUUGUGUAAAGUAACUUGACAAAGCAAUUCAUUCAGCAGAUCAUCAUCACCACACUGAAAGCAAAAUAAGGUCAGGCAGUAUAGAAGUUUAGAAAAUGGAAAAACACAGAGUGCAUGAAUUUGAUGGGGAUACUCACCAUUAUAAGCUAAGAUGUUUUGUUGAUAUUAAGUUAAUUGUGCUAUAAACAGCAUAAUAUCAUUCAUAAUAUUGGUGGCAGUUAGCUAUCAUGUCUGCUCAAGCUGGUCCCUAAAGGAAACAGAUGUGUAAAAUUGUGUUCUCAUCAAGUUAUUUACACAUCGGAGAGACGAAAAGCCACUUCUGAGUCAAGCUGGAGCCCUUUAGCAGCUCGCAGGUCUCAUGCACUAACAUGCAUGUGCUUCUGGCCUGAAGAACAGAACAAAGGACAGAGAAGCUCCAGUUACAAGAUGCUCAGUGGGAGUGGGGACUGCUCAGGACGCCAUUACUGCAUAACCUUUACAUAACAAGUAGUUAUUUGUUCAAAAUGCAAAUAGAACCUUUAAAAUCACAGCGAUUGCCAUGAUUAACUGUUAUGUAGAAUUUCUGAGUUUUUCUUUCUUUGUUUUCUGACACUUUUUAACCGUGUUAAUGACACAUGGUGACGCUACAAGAAUAAGAACAUUUCAUUAAGGAGGGACAUUCACCCUAUGCUUUAUUAUAGAUUGAGCGGUUGAUCACAUAGUGCAAAAGGAUUACAUAUUGACUAACUACGGUUUUUGUGUUUUGGUCUCCAUGUGUCAUCUCCUGCCUCCUUUCAUUGUGUUUGUAUUUGAUGUCUUUGUUAGUCAGUGCAUCUCAUCUGGAAUUGUAGAACUGGCUCUUUGUCUGUCCUGAUAUGCACAAAGCUAAAGACAGCCUCAUCUCUCCUUUUCAAUGGACAGCUAUUUCUGACAUGAUGAUUUACUUUGGCCACAAUCUUCGUAGUCUGUAUAUACUAUGUAUAUAAAUAUACCAGAGUGAUGUUUUAAUGUAUUUUUGUGGAAUGUACAGUAACUAUAUUUCUGCAUUGCCUGACCCAUUUAUUGCAAUUGUAAAUAUCAGAGUGUUGUAUUGCAAAACAAAUGGGAGAGAGAAACUUUAACUGUGGAUGUCAUAAAUUUGUACAUUUAUCCUACUGAUGCACUUUUAUUCUAAUGAAGGAGCUGCAAAGUUGAAAGACAUGAAAUUAACAGAUUUUGCAGCCAAAUACUGAUAAAUUUUGGCAGUGAUCACUUCAUAUAUCACUUCAGUGAAUCACCCUUGCUAAUGAACUUGCUUCUUAUGGAAUAAUUUUUUUAUUCUAACAAACUUGUUUCCAUCUUGCGGGCAAACCAGGCCUUGCCAAACUCAGCAGGGAAAUCUCUGAUCUGCAUAGUUACAUAUUUUCCAACAUUUUGAGCUCCACGAAAUUACAUUGGCAGGAGUAAUUGUUUAAAUAUUGACAAGAGACGCAAAAAUCAUUCUGGAAAUCACUGUGUUUGACAACACAGUAAUAGUCUCUACAGUCAGUAGUUAACAUUAGAAAGAUUCAAACUGCAAACAGAAGGAGAUCUCAGAUUGAUGGACUGGUUGAUAUCGACGCAGUUUAAGUCAUUAAUGUUCAUUGAAGUUUGUAAACACAGCAGAGAAAUGGCCCACAUUUUCACUUAUGAUCAAUUGACAAACACACAAAAUACUAGUUUUCUGUCUUCAAGAUAAAAGAGCUUUAUCGUAUGUGAAUUUAGCUCAGAUUUAUAUAAUAACAUAAUUAAGGAAUGAGAAUUUAAAGGCUAGUCUGAGGCUGCACAGUUAUGAUGCUGAGGCUGUUGAACGAGCGACUGGCUGGCCUACAGCAAGGACGAUUUUUACAACUUAAAUCGAUCGUGGCACUUUAGUCUUACAUCAUGUUCAUCUCGUGCAUAAAAGGAAUAAGUGAGACAUUAUCCAGAAACUCCAGUACUAAUUUGGAUGCGGAGACUAAUGUAAAUUGAUGAACAUAUGAAAAUCAUGGUCUCAGUGAAAUCAUUGUGUAGCCAUAAAGACGAGACAGUGUGGCAGCUGAAUGUUGAUGCAACUGAAUGUUUGUCUGAAUGUCUCAGACCGAAAUAUUUAUGUCCCUUGUUUUGUUGCAGCAGAUCGAAAGAAUGGUAGUUUGAAGAUGUGUUAAGGUGGACUUAUCAGGAUGUCGUUUCCUGUGGACUCGCUGAACGAUUACACCUUUGGAAUGUGCAAUGAAAGAGAUCCUGUAAAUCAUUAUGUUCGGUUAAAAUGGAUUGUUGUCUUACAGGGUUUGUAUUCAUCCUUUUUUUAAGUGUAAUUUGCUUGCAGAUGUUGAAAAACUCACAUCACAUUAAUAUUUCUUAAGUUGCCCUCUAAUCGGGACCCGUCAUGUCUUAAUUUUAUGUUUGUUGUUUCUGAAGUUCAGAAUGGCCUGGCAAUGGACUUUAUCCUUCACUGACUUAGGGUACAUUUUAUUGUGUAUUUCAAAUACCAUGCCCAUAGCUGGUUAAUAUUAACUGCAUUUGUAUUCAGUGCUUAUAGAUGAUUAUUGUAAUAUUCAAGAAUAAGCUGAGUAAAGGUUGUGGGUUUUUGUUUUUUUUAGAGAGAGUACAGUGACCGUGUGUGUUUGUACUUUAGUUCAACAAGGCUGCAUUGUACUGAGAUGAUUUAUUCGAAGGUAACCUCUUGUACUUUUCCCAAAGACAUGUAAUAUUCGAGUAAAUUUCAUAGCCACAUUAAAGACGCCUGUUUGAGUAUGUA